UAAUUACGUUUUACUUGAACGUGGCGGUGCUAUUCUCACAAAAUUUAGCAUUUACAACAUCUUGCGUUGCUUGAAAAGUUACAAAGUACUAAAUGGCUGAAUUAAAUGACAUCUACACUGUCGAUUGAUCUUAUGUAUCAAUGUAAAUAGACAGUUAGAAAAGACAUUCGACACGAGAUCGCAUUGCUGCUAUGAAUUGCAAGUGGAAUGGAUUAUUUAACGUUGGGGAGGACUUCGAUGAUGAGGAUCUACUUGAGAUGGACUGGUCUGCUCCAUCAGUGUCUGCUAGCACACUGUCCUCUGCAGCACAGUCCUGUUUCCUCCGUUCAACUGCAACAUCAACUCCUGCUGCCCCCUAUGGUCAGAAUAACUCACAUCAACCAACCACAGAAGGCAUAUUUGCCCAUAGGGGCCUGUCGAAUGGCCCAGGGUCAGAUAAUUCAACACCGAACAGUGUAGGGCAGUCUCCUGCUUUGGGUUUGAGACAGCUCUCUACAUCUAAACCAUUGCACUCAUUCCCUCUUCCCCCUCUCCACCUUCCUACACUGAGUAGGGGACUGUGUACAGUUACCCAACAGAGCUCCUCACCAGCUCAACGGAUGAAGUCAAACACAACAGGACAACAAGAGGCCCCCUCGCCGCAGGAUGACUUUGAUGAUUGGGAUGUUGACCUGGCAGACCUAGAUGAAAGUGACCCACAGAUGAGCACUUGGGCUCAGGUCCGAGAAACUGCUCCAGCUGCAGAUCUAACCAAGCCCAGCGAUGACUCUGUAUCCCCAGCUAAAAGACUACGGCCCACAGCCUGUGGUGGUGCUCAAACCGGGCCCAAUGUGGGUCUGAGAGGAUUCAGUACCUCUAACCAAACGUCUGGUCUUCCCAGUAGUAGUAGUAUACUCCACAGGUCCUCAUUCCCUGGUCCCUUCCCCUCUCCCCACCCUGAUCCUAGUGCUACCUUCCUCCUCGCUCCACCCCAGAGCCCAGUGUUAUCUGGCCUCACCAUGGCCUCCAGCCCCUUCCCCAGGCCUGUGACCCCCAGGCCAGUCAGAGGACUUCCUUCCCAGGUACAGAGGCCCUGGGCUACACCUCUGGCUCAGGGACGCAGCCUUUUGACCCCAUCUCCCCAGCCCCUCUAG